AUGUUAUUAUUUAUACUCAGUUUUUCAUCGUUUAUUUCUUCACUUUAUUCAUUCAAUUAUCAGACUGUUGAACAUUGGAGAUAUUUAAAACAAGAUAAACUUGCACAUAAACCAUCCUAUUUUGGUUAUUCACUAGCUGUUCAUCGAUCAAGUUUAUUAGUCGGUGCACCUCGUGAUCAUUCACCACAUGAUAUUAUAGCAAGACGUGGUGCUAUAUGGACAUGUGAAUUUCAUUCAGAUGAUCAUUGUCAACGUAUACCAUUUCGCCGUGAUGGCGAAGCAAAUGUUCGUGUUGGUACUUCAUUUGAUAAUAAAACUGAUCAAUGGUUAGGUGCAUCAUUAGCAGCUAACGAUGGCAAUAUAAUAGCUGGUGCACCAUUUCUUAAACAUCGCAUAAAUGAUGGACACAGCCUCGAGUAUGAAAUACCGGGUGGUGCACUUAUUGGAAAAUAUGGUACAUCAUUAUCCAUGACAGACAGUACACAAAUAUUUUCUCCGUCAUUUCUUAAUUGGCAUUCUCGAAAUUAUAAUCAAGAAGGUUAUGGUGAAUUUGGUUUUCAAGUAGCAUUAAGUAAAAAACCAGAACGUAUUAUUAUAACAGCACCAGGUUCAUUUUAUUUUCGAGGUGGAAUACAUUCAAUACCAAUCCUAGAAAAAAAUUGGAUUGAUUCAAGACAUCCAUUUACUUCUCCACAUUAUCAAUGGCGUGAUGCUGGUUGGCUUCGAUAUCCAUCAAAUUAUUCAUCGAAUGAAUAUGAUGACUGGUGUUAUCGAGGUUAUGCAUUAGCUUUAGGAAAUUUUAAUAAUGAUAAAAAUCAAGAACUUGUUGUUAGUGUACCUAAAUUACAUAAUUAUCGUGGAGCAGUUGAAAUAAUGAACAGUAAUCUUGAUGAACGUUCUAUUCGAACAUUAAAUGGUACACAAAUUGGAGAAUAUUUUGGUGCAUCAUUAUGUGUCAUUGAUAUCAAUAAUGAUGGACUUGAUGAUUUACUAGUCGGUGCACCAUUAUAUACAGUAAAAAAAGAUGGUCGAAUUAUACCGGAUGCCGGUCGAGUUGUUAUAUUUCAUCAAACACCGGAGCAUAAACUUAUACAAAAACAAACUAUUGAAGGAACACGAGAAGGAGGACGAUUAGGACAUGCAUUAGCAAAUUUAGGUGAUAUUGAUAAGGAUGGUUAUAAUGAUGUAGCUAUUUCAAUUCCAUUUGGUAAUAAGAAUUCAUCGAAUACUGUUCAUAUCUAUCGUGGAUCAAAAGAUGGACUUAUCUUAACACCGACACAAAUACUUCAACAAGUUUCCUUAAAAGGAUUCGGCUGGGCAUUACAAGGUCAAUUUGAUUAUGAUAAUAAUGGCUUUUUAGAUUUAGCCAUCAGCAGUAUUCAUUCGGAAACCGUUGCUAUCGUUUUGUCACGACCGGUACUUCGCUUACAAACAAAGCUAGACCAUAGUUCACCGACAAUUCCACUUAAUUGUACAUUACGUAGUGAAGAUGCAUGUUUUGUUCUUAGUAUAUGUAUUUAUGUCAAUGAUAAUAAUUAUAAAUUUUCAAAACGGGAUUCAUUGACAUAUGAAAUACAACUUGAUAAAGAUAAAAAUCAACCUGAUAAACGUUUAUUAUUUCGUGAAUCAUAUAAACCUUUUAAAAAACGACAAUUAAGAUUAGCAAAUCAUGUUUGUCAUGAUUAUUCAUUAUAUAUGAAAGAUGAUGUUAGUGAUAAAUUAAAACCAAUACAUAUAUUUGUUGAAUAUACUCUUUCAUCAAAAUCAAAUCCUAAUAUUGUUCCACCAAUACUUGAUCCAGCAAAUUCAUCAUUUAAUUAUAACAUUCCAAUACAAAAAGAUUGUGGUUCAGAUGAUACAUGUGUAUCAAAUCUAACUAUAUCAACAACAAAAUGGCCAGAUAUUUAUAAAGUUGGUUUAACGAAAAAAAUUCUUCUUGGUAUAAGUGUAAUGAAUACAGGUGAAAAUGCAUAUGAUACAAAAUGUUUUAUACAAUUACCUGUGGGAGUUGAAUAUGUUAGUGCAAAUUCAAGUUCAAUUAUUAAUCUUUAUUGUAAUUUGAUGAAACAAUCUGAUCGUAUUGUUGUUUGUCAACUUGGUAAUCCACUUUUAGCAAAUACGAAUAUAUCAUUACAAAUUCAUUCAGCUGUAAAUAAUUAUUCAGCUAUACAAGCAGAUCCACUGAUAUUUUUUAUUAAUGUAACAAGUGAUAAUCCAGAUUCAAAAAUAUUAUCAACAGAAAUCAUUCUACCAAUAUUUAGUAUACCAGAAUUAGAUUUAAUCGCUGUUGCGAAACCAGAACAGAUAGCUCCUGAUACAUCAGAUAAUGUCAUUGUCAGAUAUACCAGUUCUAGUUCAAAACCAAAUGAUCUAGAAAUUGUUCAUACAUAUACAUUACAUAAUAAAGGACCAAGUGAUGCUAAACUUACAGAAGUUAAAUUAAUGUGGCCAAUGCUUCCAUUAACUGGAUUUAAUGAACAAACACCAUUAUUACAUGGAAUUGGUACACCAAAUAUUAUUCGAGUAUCAGAUCCAAAAGCAAAUAAAGAUAUAUGUCGUAUUUAUCGUUCAUCAGCGUAUAAAGUUCCUCAAAUAGAAAGUCCUCGGAAUAAUCAACAACCAUCAUUUUUUGAAAAAUUUCGUCCACCAUUAACAAAUACUCUUCUACUACAAGAAUCAUCUACAGUCGAUCAUCCUCAAGAAUCAUUAGUACCAUUAUUUUGUCAUGGACCAUUAUGUAAAACAUAUAUUUGUUCUAUUGAAACAUUACCUAUUGGUCAUAGUGUUUUAAUACAAUUAAAAGCAACUUUAAGAUAUAGUUAUUUUCAAUCAAAAUUUGAUCGUUCAAAACCAUUUAUUAUUGCUUCAAAUGCAAGUGCACAAGUACGAGAAUUACCAUUCAAUUUUUCAGGAACAAAAUUUCAACAACAACCAAUCAUUCAAUCAAAGGUAUUUGUUGUUAUAAGUGUUACAAUAAUAAUAUAG